CUCGGUCCACGUGCGCCUUGCCUUGGUCUUGAGUAAACGAUGGCGAGCCGAGUGGUCGGCAGCGCGACAGUGAAUACGCCCAAACAGCUAUACAAAUAUUUAUUACGUGAAUGCGAAAAACUACCGAAACACACGCAGCAAUUUUACAAGCAUUCGGUCAAACAAAGCUUUAAACAGCAUGCCACGGAAUCCGAUGAAGAACGCAUACAGCAAAUUAUGGAGCGAGCGCUGAUAGAUGCCAAGUGGGUGAUACAAAAGUAUAAUCAGCCAGGUAGUACUCCGACGUCCAAAUGAUAAAUCGACACAAAUUAUAAUUUACAAAUAUAUGUGUCAAAUUAGUAUUAGAUAGAAAAAAAUAUGAAUUUUGAACAAGUUGUUAGUGCGAGCACCAACGGCAAUAACUCACACUUUUGGAAAGCUAUCGGGAUUUGGAUGAGAAAUCCACAUGUUGUGAAUCGUCGGGUCCUGGCGUCUCAAGAAUUAUUAGUGAUCGUAGCCAACUGUAAUGCUCUGGAUAUUUUUAAACGUAUCGAGAAAUUGCAGAUCCAACUUGAUAAUUUUGAGUGUGAUGCAUCUUCAAAGGAUACAAAGCAUUUAUUAGAUAUCUUGAAUAUCGCAGAAUAUUGUCAAUCAAUUCAAUAUCCAAUCGAUUCGAUCGAGACGUUAGACAACGAUAAGACUUACCUGCACGUGAGGAAGUUGCUGCCUCGCAAUACACAAAUAUUCUCGCCCACGUUGGAAUUUGUGUUCAUCGACAAAAAGUCGGUUAGUGUUACUAGUCUCCACAAACCGAUCGUCCCGGAUAAACGAUCCUUGGGUCCGAGUACAGCCUACAGGAUACAGCAUCGUGAAUUCAUUUCUACAUGUAUAGACAUAUGCAAUUCGGACGAAGAUAACGAUAAAGGUUGUGAUUGGCUCAAGUCUAAGUUCUUUCCGCGGCUGAUGAAAUGGAUGGAUAGCAAGGAUGAAAACGCUGGUCUGAGAAUCAAUUCUCUCGGUCUUAUCUCCAUCGAGAAAUAUACUUUCCUGUAUAAUCGGUUGAAAGAGAAGUACGGCGCGGGUAUGGUAAAGGUGUGGUCGGAGAAUACAGAUCCGGCGAAGUUCAUCUACGAAGAUGUCGCGAUCGCGACUUACCUGUUACUUCUAUGGGAAAAGGAGAGAUCGGAAAAAGGGCUGCAGGGAUUACAAUCGUUCGUUGACCUUGGCUGCGGAAACGGUCUUCUCGUUUACAUCUUGUCGAGCGAGGGUCAUAGAGGGACAGGAAUUGAUUUACGCAGGAGGAAGAUCUGGGAUCUGUUUCCGGAGAGCACUCAUUUACAAGUCGAUACAAUUGUUCCUUCCUCAGACACGAUCUUCCCUAGCGUGGAUUGGAUUAUAGGUAAUCAUUCAGAUGAGCUUACCCCGUGGAUUCCCGUGAUCGCCGCGCGCAGUUCCUACGAAUGCCGGUUUUUCUUAUUACCAUGCUGUGCUUACGAAUUUGACGGCAGGAAAUACCAACGGUACAAUGCCGCUGAGAGCCAGUAUUCGGAGUACAUGUCCUAUGUUAGAAGCAUCUGCGAGGGCUGCGGUUUUCUUACAUCAGUGGACAGACUGCGAAUUCCGUCGACCAAGCGGACCUGUUUUGUCGGAUGGAAGAGGACUUACGCGAAGGAGAAUACCGCGGCGUUGGACGCCAAUAUCCAGAGGAUCAUAAACGCGAGGUCUACGUCUUUGGAGGAGAGCGUAAAGAUCGAAGCGAAGGAGGAUGAUAGAGGUCUAUGGUCCGCGAGUUUUAAACCGAGAGAGUCGACGGAACGAACGCGGAAUUGCACACAACUGGACAGAGAUCUGAUCCUCGAGAUAAUUAACGCGGUCGCAGCGCAUCUCCUCCGUGCAGGUCGUAGGAUACCAUUGGAACGGAGACCCGGUGAAACAUGGAAUGCCGGCGGACAGAUCGGCAUCGGUGAAUUGGCAAAGAUGAUCGCACCCAGGAUGUUGCAACAGCUGCGAAACGAGUGUGGCGGGCUGCAAACCUUACUGAAGAAUCACAGUCAUAUCUUCUGCGUCGCUCAGGGGAAGGUGCAAUUUAGAAUUCCCGGUACCGUUGACAAGAAGAAGAAAAAGAGGCGAAACACUAGCGCACCUCUGAAGAAGGUGAAGCCCUGCUGGUUUCAUAAGAAUCAUCCCGACGGUUGUCCCGCUCUCGAAAUCGACUGCGAUUUCCAACACUGA